AUGGCCCAGUUUGUCUGUAACCUCAGGGAGAAGGCCCCCAUCCUGGUGAAUGCUGCUGGGACUUACUUGAAGCCUUGAUUGGCUGCAUUUUGACACUAUGCCAAGGUUGAGCUGGUUCCUUCAACCCCUCCUGAGAUCCUUACAACUACUCAGAGCUUGAAAAAAAUAGUAAAGUAUCCUCAAACCAGUAGCCUCAAAGGGCUCACUAUUAAGGAAGCUCUGCUGAAUGGUUUGGUGACCACUGAGGUGUGGCUGUGGUUUUAUGUUGGCAAAAUCAUAAGCAAGCAUGGCAUCGUUGGCUAUAAUGUUUGA